AUGCCCCGCACUCGCUCUGCUGCUCCCCCGGCGAAGUCUGUAUCUGCUCUUGGGCAGCAGACAAAAACAUUGACCCCAGCGGAAAAGCCCAGCAAGACCUUUAUCCUUCCGUCCAAUACCAGCGCCAACGCGCGUCUACUCUCCCUGCCGAACCCGCAGUCCGGCGAGCUAUCUCGCUACUUCUUCUGCCCAGAACGUGGGAUCUUCGAGUUCACAGUUGUCGCAUCGCCCGCAUCAGCCCCUCGCAGUAUUCUGUUCACCCCUAAGCACCAAUUGACCAAGUCCGCGUCAAAAGAUGAGAACUCGCCCGCGACGCCGUCAAUCGCCAAGAAGGCUGAAUUGCUGGUCGCAACACCUAUAGAUGCAGUCUUCUUCCUGGUCCCCCUUCUUUCAUCCUCCUCGAAGACCGGACAGUCGCUUUUUCAGCCGCUGGACGACGUAAUUGACUCGAAUGAUGACCUACACCCACACUUCCGAUAUGUCCUCUACGACGAAACAUUCCGCAAAACACUGCUCGCUCGCGCCGAAGCCGUCUGUGAUACUGUGGAGGCUGGUGAUGAAAACAUGUUCCGCUUCAGCGAGACUAAGCUUCUCAAGGAAUUGCUUGCCAAGGCAGAGCAGAUGGCCGCACAAGGGCUACCUGCUAGUCUGGAGGAGCGUUUCAUCCGUCAGGCAUUGGCGGCUCCAUUGAUGUCAGUCAAGCGUGACGAUGCCUUGACAAAUCAGGGCUCAAAGGAUAGCGAGGUCAGCCCAGGCGAAUCGGAUGAGCGAUCGGACUCGCCGUCAACCAUGGCCACUACUGCGACUCCUUCAGUAUCGACACCUGCUGGUGAAACUACUCCUAUACCUCAGCCUGGCGAUGACGAGUCAGAUGACAUCCGUCGCUUGCAGCGAAUUUCUAUUUCCUUGUCCUUCAUGAAGGAAUCUUAUCUGUCGUCUUCUCUAUCAUCUCGAAUCGAUGAAAUGCUCGCCUCCCAGGAUUCACCUUUGGAUCUCAAGCCUCUGACCGAGCGUCUCAAGGAGCUUGCCACUCUACGGGCCGAAGCCAUAGCUUCACGGGGCGUGUCUGAUUUCAGCCGCAAGCGUGGGUUGGAUGACGAAGACGUUGAGGAUCGGGCUGAGAAGAAGCGGCGAAAGGAGGAAGAGGAGAAGAAAGCCAAGGCAUCUGAGUCUCGAGGGGUGCGUGACCUGAAGAAGGUGAAUACGAUUGGUAUGAAGAAAAUGAGUGACUUCUUCGGAAAGGCUGCCGUUAAGAAGAAGACUUGA